AGGUAAGAGUGAUAAAUAAAUGCUAUAAAUACACCCAACGCCCCUACCCUCAUUUUCUCCUUCUUCGACACGCACGAGAGAGAGAUGUUUGCGGUGGAGAAUGGGUUGCAGGGAGACCCAAGACUGCAGACCAUCUCAGAUGCCAUUCGAGUCAUCCCUCACUUCCCUAAGACUGGGAUCAUGUUUCAAGACAUAACGACGCUGUUGCUGGAUCCAGUUGCCUUCAAACAUGUCGUUGAUAUCUUCGUGGAUCGUUACAAGCACAUGAACAUCUCUCUCGUUGCCGGCGUAGAGGCGAGAGGAUUCAUAUUUGGACCUCCCAUUGCAUUAGCCAUAGGUGCCAAGUUCGUUCCUCUACGUAAACCAGGAAAAUUACCCGGGAGAGUGAUAAGCGAAGAGUACGAGCUUGAGUAUGGAAAUGAUCGUCUAGAGAUGAGUAUGGAGGCUGUCAAAACCCACGAACGAGCUCUGGUCAUCGACGAUUUAGUUGCCACUGGUGGAACACUCUCCGCUUCUAUUAACCUCUUGGAUAUACGCCUUUGGAAAAUAGAUAAAACGUAUACAAUAAUCGAGUUUUUAUUAAAAGCACCCAAUUAUACGUACUUUAGAGCGAGCAGGGGCCGAAGUUGUGGAAUGUGCAUGCGUUGUUGGUUUGCCUAAAUUCAAGGGGGAGUGUAGGCUGAAGGGGAAACCAUUGUACGUUCUGGUGGAGCCUAGCCAGUUAGACUAGCUAACCUUUGAAGCCUUUACGUGGUCAACAUCUCUAUCUAUUUCUCCAAAAUUCCAGCUAGAUGUAUUAUCAAUGGUUAUGACAAAUAAUAAUAUGAUUGGUGUAACCAGUCUAUAUGUAGUUAAAUUGUUCAAAUCUUAUUAUAAUACAUAUGGGGUGAUUCAUGCUAGUUAGAGCAUGAUUAA